AUGUCCGCACAGCCCGAGAAGGUCAACGUUCUCAUGGUAUGCCUCGGUCGUUCACCAAUGGCAGAAGCCGUGCUGAAGCACCAGAUCACUGCACGACCCGAUAGCUUCAAGGCCAGAUUCGAUGUUCGAGUAGAUUCCGCUGGUACUGGAGCGUACCAUGAAGGAGACUCUGCAGACUCGAGGCAAAAGCUGAUCGGAUCGCAGCACAAUGUCCCCAUAAAUUGCAUUGCCAGGGCCGUCGAAAGACAAGACUUUCAGAAGUUCGACUACAUCCUAGCCAUGGACCAAAACAACCUCGAAACACUCUUGCACAGAAAACCAGCAGGCUCCAAAGCCCAAGUCUCCAUGUUUGGCUCUUUCGACCCCUCCGUCCCCAAAGCCAACCACGGAUCUCACAAAACCCGUGCCAAAGAGAUCGACGAUCCAUACUAUGGCGGGCGAGAUGGGUUUGACAAGAGUUUUGAAAGAUGUACAAAGUUUGGGUAUGGGUUCUUGGAUUAUCUAGAGACUAGAGGUUAG